AUGGAAACCCGUGUCGCAAACGAGACGCAAAUAUCACCCCCCUUACCCGGGCUUACACACCACAUAACAGCAAAUAACAAAGAGGGGAAAGCAGUCAUCCACUCCUCCACCCCGGCAACAUGGAUUCCCCUCUUGAAUGACAAAAUGGCCUUCAAUGUCGUAUACACCAAUACAGCUACUCCUCAACUUUCAACCACUGCUGAUAUUGAAUCUUACCAUAAAUUGAUGCAAAAUGGGGGACCAGGUCUUACAAUGCAGAGAGGAACUGUCUGUCGUAUUGUAGAUUUUGGACCGGGAGUGGAGCCGGUUAUGCAUCGAACGCAGAGUCUUGAUUUUCGUGUUGUCAUAGAAGGGGAGAUUGAAUUGGGCUUGGACGGAGGAGAGAGUGAGAAGAGAGUUUUGAAACGCGGGGAUGUGGCGAUACAGAGGGGUACAAAUCAUGCCUGGCGUAACGUAACACCAGAUAACGGGUGGGCCAGAAUGCUGUUUGUACUUCAAUCAUCGGAGGAAAUAAAUAUCGAAGGGAAGGUCCUACGAGAGGAUGUUGAGGGGGCUAAGGAGGAUGCAGAAUGGCUUAAACAAAGAUAA